CGCGCCGGCCGGCCGCAUCUCCGGGGGGGGCGCCGCGGUUCGCGCUCGGGGAGGCCGCCGGCUGUCGCGCUGUGUCCGCGAGUACUGCACCGGCCCCGCGAUUCACAGCCUGGAAGAGCCCGUCUUUGUCCUCAUUUCUUUCCCGGGCAGUGAUAAACCCCAUUAUGGAGACGCAGGAACUUUAUAAAGGGAAAUAGCGGGAAUGCUGCGGAGUGUAAUUUUGUGUGUGAAGUGCAGUCUGAAAGGGGCAGGCGUCUGAAGAAGGGAGGCCAGUGGGGUUAGCUGUUGGCUUAGUGUGCGCCAACGAUUCUGUUCGUCAUAGUUCCUCCUGUGUGAGGACACUGGGAAGGAUGCGCUGUGUCCGGUUCAGCUGAUUUCUCUUUACAAAAUGAAUGACUUAGGUACAUGAUGUUUAAAGACAAGCUAUUUAAUCUUUAAAGGCGGUGCUAAAGUUCCUGUUGUGGAAAGUUUAUGGUUAAAUGGUUUAUGAAGAGCGUACUUUCAGUCGAGCCCGUCUAACCGGUGUGCAGAGCGAGGAGGGCAGGCGGACCAUGAUGCUGCCGGGAGUGGGAACAGAUACGGUAUUUAACAAAGGUGGAAGAGUUAGCACUUAGCUUCAAGCAGAAUCUGUUUGACAUACACACUAAAACAGGUGUAGGUUCAGCAAAGCUGUGGGUGUUGAUGUCCGCAGAAGCUGCCCUUGUAGCUAGUACAACCCGCUUAAGUAAAUACCGUGGCGAUAACCUGUGUGAAACUGGCCUUCAGAUAGAUAAUCUGACCCUAAGAAGACUUUAAUUCAUGUUUGCUAGAGUAAAACGAGUUUAAAAAAAAAAAAAAAAACCAUAUAAAGGGCUUCAAAGAAACCUGUAUAUAGUUUUUCCCACUUGUAGCAUAAUCAGUAAUUGGCUUGAUGAAUACGCCUUGUAGCUUGUAACUAAAAGCAUAGUAAAAGCAUAAUUUAAGUACCCUAUAAGUUUUUAGAAUUUUGGGAAUAUCGGCCUCAAAACAUCAAGAAGUUUUAGCAUAUUUCCGUAAAUGUGCCAGUUUCUUUCAGGCCUUAUAUUAAUAUUACACCAAGUAAUGAGCCGUUAGCCGUUGUAUUACUAAGAGUUAAUCUGAAACAGAACUAGAUGUUAUCCUGGUAAUUUAGGAUAGACCUUCAUCCCACCUGAGUGUAAACUCAGGCGUAAAUCCCAUAAAGAAGGUGUAGUGAAUUUUACUAAGUAGGAGCCUUUUGUUUGAUUCUUCUGUGUGGUAAAGGAACUAAUUUCAUGUGAAGAGAAGAGAAAUUUCAUGUGAAGGUUUUUGGCCAUUAAAAAGUAAAAUCGCUCAUGCACAAAACUAUUUGCCAGAGACUUCUCCCAGGUUCUUCAUGUCAGAGAAUUAAGAGUACCAUGGAAGAUAGCACGAUCUUACCAAAUCAGACAAUUGGCAACAAACAGAAAAUAAAAUAUGACUUUUCAUGUGAACUCUAUAGAAUGUCUACAUACUCAACAUUCCCCAGCGGCGUUCCCGUCUCAGAGAGGAGUCUGGCCCGGGCUGGUUUUUACUACACUGGUGUGAAUGACAAGGUCAAAUGCUUCUGUUGUGGCCUGAUGCUGGACAACUGGAAACCUGGAGACAAUCCUGUUGAAAAGCACAAACAGCUCUAUCCUAGCUGCAGUUUUAUUCACAGUCUGGUCACUCUUACUAGCCGGGAUUCCACCUUUAAGACGACUUCUCCAAUGAGAAACAGUUCUCCACAUUCAUUAUGUCCCACUUCGGAACAUGGGGGCUCCUUCAGUGGUUCUCAUGCUGACCUUGCACCGAGCCCUGCUAAUCCUAGAGCAGUGGAAGACUUCUCCCCAUUGAGGACUAACCCCUACAGUUAUGCAAUGAGUACUGAAGAGGCCAGAUUUCUUACUUACCAUAUGUGGCCAUUAACCUUUCUGUCACCAUCAGACCUGGCAAGAGCUGGUUUUUACUAUAUAGGACCUGGAGACAAAGUCGCCUGCUUUGCCUGUGGUGGGACCCUGAGUAACUGGGAGCCAAAGGAUGAUGCGAUGUCAGAACACCGCAGACAUUUCCCCAACUGCCCGUUUUUGGAAAACUCUCUGGAGACGCUGCGGUUUAGCAUUUCAAAUCUGAGCAUGCAGACACACGCGGCUCGACUGAGAACGUUCAUGUACUGGCCGCCCAGCGUACCGGUUCGGCCUGAGCAGCUUGCAAGUGCUGGUUUCUAUUACGUGGGUCGCAAUGAUGAUGUCAAAUGCUUUUGUUGUGAUGGUGGCUUACGGUGUUGGGAGUCUGGAGACGACCCGUGGGUGGAGCACGCCAAGUGGUUUCCAAGGUGUGAGUUCUUGAUACGCAUGAAAGGGCAGGACUUUGUUGAUGAGAUUCAAGCUCGAUACCCUCAUCUUCUUGAGCAGCUUUUGUCAACAUCAGAUACUCCUGGAGAUGAAAAUCCUGAUCCACCAAUUGUCCAUUUUGGAGCUGGAGAAAGUUGUUCAGAAGACGCGGUCAUGAUGAACACGCCCGUGGUGGCGGCCGCCUUGGAGAUGGGCUUCGGCAGGAGCCUGGUGAGGCAGACCGUGCAGAGGAAGAUCCUGAGCACUGGGGAGAAUUACAGGACCGUGAACGAGCUUGUGGUAGCGCUGCUAAAUGCGGAAGAUGAGUCCCGAGAGGAAGAGAAGGACCAGCAAACUGAAGAAAUGGCGUCAGAUGAUUUGUCAUUAAUUCGGAGGAAUAGAAUGGCUCUCUUUCAACAGUUGACUUGUGUGCUUCCUAUCCUGGAUAAUCUUUUAAAGGCCAAUGUAAUUAAUAAACAGGAACAUGAUAUCAUUAAACAAAAAACACAGAUACCUUUGCAAGCAAGAGAACUGAUUGAUACCGUUUUAGUUAAAGGAAAUGCUGCGGCCAACAUCUUCAAAAGUUGCUUAAAAGAAAUUGACUCCACGUUAUACAGGAACUUAUUUGUGGACAAGAACAUGAAGUAUAUUCCAACAGAAGACGUUUCAGGUCUGUCGCUGGAGGAGCAACUGCGGCGGCUGCAGGAGGAGAGGACGUGCAAAGUGUGCAUGGACAAGGAGGUGUCUGUCGUGUUCAUCCCCUGCGGACACCUGGUCGUGUGCCAGGAGUGCGCCCCGUCUCUGAGAAAGUGCCCCAUCUGCAGGGGCAUAAUUAAGGGCACCGUGCGUACCUUCCUCUCGUAGGAGUCUUCAGGGGAUGGCCGAGCACUGGGAGCCGUCUGAGGUGGAGAGGAAUUACUGGUUCUAAGAUUAGGACGUUUGUGCUGGGUUCUGCUCCGCUGCUAGUGCUCGCUUCAGAAGGUUAAUGUCCUAAGUCCCGUUUAAUCUCCGGUUAGAUGAGGGGGUUUGCGUGUGCGCGCAGGGAGAGGUUAUGGGGGAGCCUUGGUGCCCUGAGGUGACACGUGACAAGGGCGUGUUGGGUGUUCUUUCUGGAAGCUCUGAGUGCGACCCGAGAGCGUGCUGUUGACAGGAACCGGACGGGAGCGCUGGGGUUCACCACAGUUACUGCGCCAAGUUCUUUUUGGUGUUUUUCACUUGUGUUAUAAAAUAAGGACUUUUUUCUUACUGAUAAAUAAGCUUUUCCCUAAUUGGUGAGAAACCUCGUAAUAAAAUUCUUCAAGAAAACUGCA